UCUAGUUUAAUGUUUUGAAAAAGAAGACCUAUCCCAAUAACCGCAAUGAUUGUGAACAUUAUGGAUCAGCAAAUUAUUAUUUUGAAAUCAUGGAAAUGGAGUUUAGUCUUGCCAAUAUUCGAAUUCAAACCUCGUCAGAAUAUUUUCGUACAUAAAAAUGGUUUUUCUCGAAUAGUCAACAGCAUCUUGUUGAUUUCCCUCCGUCUUUUAGAUUAUUUCUUGUCCAUGUACGAAGCCAAAUUUUCAAUAGGCUCCUUAGCCAUCCACCUUGAAACGAUUACUGCUACUAUUACUACGAUUUUAAUACUCUUCAAUAUCCACUCUCAUACAAAGGAUAUCCUAAUGAUUCUCCGAAAAAUUAAUGGUAUUCCAAAAAAAUUAAGAAGCAUUGGUGUGAUAUUCCCUGGAAUCGUACAGAGAAAGAAUUCCAUACUGCUCUUUAUUCAUUUAACAGAUUAUGUUUGCAGUGUUCUCGUAGAAUCUACUCUCGUUAUCAUCGAAUUCGGAUUUCUAUCAUAUAUAGACGUAAUUUCUUAUUACUUCAGUUCUUUAGUUAUUUUCGAUUUUCAUUUGUUAUAUAUCGUUCUGGGUAUCGCUCUUGAUUUCUAUUUGCGAGCAUUCAAUAGCUUCGCAAAAGUCGACAAUUUUCAAAUGGAAGUCGAACAAAUUGUAAAAUUAUUUGACGGAUUUCACAAUACAAUAGAAGAAUGUCAUCGAAUUUUUUCAUACACAAUAUUAAUUGAUAUAUCUCAUCAGUUUACUUCUAUUCUUUUCUCUUUUUUUUGGGCAAUCAUCAAUGGAGAAAGUUUAUCUUCCAUCAGAGGAGUUCUUUUUUUCUUCGUGAACUGUUCAUGGGUAUUCUGUUUCAUUUACAGAAUAAUGUGUUUUGUGGUUACUUUCGCCAGUGUUGAACAAGAGAGCAAGCUUGCUGUAGAGAAUAUCUAUGACAUCCAAACUAGGAUUGGCCGGAAAAAUCUUCCUUAUAAGAGCAUGGAAUUAUUUCUCUUGAAAUCAAAACUGAACGAACUGAAGUUCUCUGUAUGUGGUUUUUUUCCUCUUGAUUGGAGUUUAAUUUAUUCUAUGGUAGCAGGAAUUACAACUUAUUUGGUUUAUUUGAUUCAAUUCAGAGAAAUGGAACAGGAUAGAAUAGCAGCUACGACGGGAGCUCCAUAACUCAAUAUUUCUCAAAUAAUGAAGAGAGUGAAAUGAAAUAUGAUAUGUUGUGUCAAUAAAGUAUAUUGAAAGUA